GUUUGUAAACUGAAAAAUUGCAAGUCCGACAAGAAAACAUAGAUCUACUAUAAGCGUGGAAGACUAAGGUAAAAAAAAAAAUAAAAAAACAUUCAGCGUGCGAUGCUAUUUUUAUUCCAUAUAUAACUGUAUUAAAACGACGACUCAUUGUUUAAAAGCAUUGCAAUCUGAAGUUAAAUAGACGGUGAACUCACGCCCUGUUCUGCUGUGUAUAGGAUGAAUGGAUGUGAACGGGUAUGUUUACAUCAACAUUGUGUGUACAGAUUAGAUUGAAGAAGAAUGCUUAUACAGUUCUGAAUUAAUGCACUUUCUUGCUUUUAAUAUUUGCCUUGAUAUGCAUGCAUAUAUUGUGGUUUAUUUUCAGCACAACCUGCAAGGCAACUUGUUUUUUUGCCCUUUGAUUACUUUUAAUGGCUUGUAUUAAAUAGGUACUUUCUUGUCAAAAUUGUUUUCUUUAGCUUGACUUGCUUUAGAUUGCAUUGUGUUUGCCAUGUGAUAAUACUGAUGCAAUCUAAUGUUUUAUCUCAUGAAAUGCAUUUAAUCUGAUUGCCAAAUCCUCUCAAAAAUGAAUGUUUUAGGUCAGGACUUUACAUCAUAUAAUAUAUUCACACACUCGCAUGAUUUGUUCAUUUUGGACAGUACAACUACUUUAUUUUACCAAUGCUCUGCGUCUGUGGCUGCAUAUGCGCCUCAUUUCUUUCAUUCAAACCAUGUCUUUGUGUUUUUCAUGAUUUAUAAUUGUGUUGAAGAAGAAAUAUAAUUGUGCUGGAAGGAAAGCGGGUGCGUCAAAUAAAUCUGCUUUUUCAUUCUAUUGAAUCCCAGAUCCUGACUGAUAUGAUCCAAAAUCAACAGGGCAUAAACGCUUGGAUGUAUUCCUACCAUUCCAGUUUGACAGAACCAAUGAGAAUCCACUUCAUUCAGAUUCAGUUUUGAACUGUGUUGUUUCCAGAUGUCAUUUAGGGGUUCUUGACGCCUGGAAAUGUGAAAAACCAAUUACCGAAGCCAAACUCUAUGGCUUAAAAACACAGUCCUAAAUGCCUACACAAACAGAGGCUUGGCAAUAUGAACAUGGAAAAAGUCUGAUUCUAGCUAAUAAAAACUGCUUUGGCCCCUGAUGAUUGGGGCUUGUGUGGUCUUUAAACAAACUCCCUGCCCAGAGCGAAGUUCUGUCCCCCAACACACACACACACAUACUCUCACCACUGCGAUGUCACACCUUUCCAGCAGCUCAGUGCGAGAUCACAUUAAAUGGGCUGGGUUGCUGGGCUGUGAAGCGGUGCUGUCCAGCAUGGCACUCAUGCAGGCCGGUUCGAUGCCUAGUCAUAAGAAGAUGGGCUCUCAUAUGGGCCAGGGACAGAGAGAAAACAAUCACAGCCACAAUCACAACCAGGAGACCCACCGCCAGCUCGGCCACAUGGUGCUAUCCUCAGGAGUCAGCUGCCCACCACUGCUCAUCCGCAAGGACGGAGAGUUUCACUCGUCCCGGCUCUUGGAUGAAAAAAACAUACAAGCCAGCCAGAACACACAACCAAAGAAGAAGAACAGGAAGUCUGGACUUCCCACCAAAAUGAGAGAAAAACCCCAGGUGGAGAUUCCUGAUGCUGACGACGAUAGCUCACUCGGCUCUCAAGUGCAGAAGAACUUCAUCUGUGAGCACUGCUACAGUGCAUUCCGCAGUAGUUACCAUCUAAAACGGCACAUUCUCACCCAUACGGGGGAGAAGCCAUUCGGGUGUGAUAUGUGUGACAUGAGGUUUAUUCAGCGCUAUCACCUGGAGAGACACAAGCGUGUUCACAGCGGUGAGAAGCCUUAUCAGUGUGAUCGCUGCCAACAGAACUUUUCAAGAACCGACCGGUUGCUGCGACAUCGGCGUUUGUGUGCUGUGGGCAUCCCUAAAGAGGAGAACCAGCCGUGCGUUGAGGGACGGCCGUAUUCUCAGGAUCCCUCCCAGCACAAUCCAUCCUGGGGCCCACUGCAGACAAGCAACAGCAGGCUGGCGGUGUGACAGCCAUUCUGUCUGCUUAUACAAACCUCUCCUCAGCAAACCCAAUGGACUCUUUGCAGCUAACAUACAGUCCAGCCCUGUAGCGGAACUGACAUGAGUCUGAGCCUGUAAGCUGUUUAAAGUGACACAUCCAGCUCACUAACAGUGGACUCUUUUAUACUGGUUAGACUCUGGAAAAUAGUAUUUUGUAUACCUAAUAAUCGUAGAUGGUACUGUCAUCAGCAGGUCGUUUAGUUAUUCAUUCAGUCCAGGCAGUAAUGUCUUCUGGGUAUUAAAUAGAGAAUUUCUUCCUUUUGUAGCUAUAGUGGAGGGUAUAGUUAGGGGUUAAUGCAUAGCAGGAUUGUUUGCAGUGUUACAAUAUUAAUAAAAGAGAAAAUGAAAAUUCUGUCAUUUACCAUACUCUCCCUCAUGUUGUUCCAAACCCAUAUGACUUACUUUCUUCUAUUAAACACAAAGGGAGAUGAUAGAUGGUAUGUUACAGAACUUUCAUUUUUGGGAGAACUAUCCCUUGAACAUGAGCGACCUCAUAUGUCGUCGCACGUUGCCUUUCUCUCUGAGCAGUUAGACGUAGAUACAGUAGACACAUUCUGAUUGGAGAAGUUUUCUCAAUGUGCACAUCAAUGAAUCAUUAUCUUUUAUUUUAAGAGUAUAUUCCAAUUAAAGAAAUAAUCCUGGUUCAAUACAAGUUAAGCUCAAUCGACAGCAUUUCGGGCAUAAUAUUGAUUACCACAAUUUAUUUCGAAUUGUACUUUAAAAAAUAAAAUGAAAAAUCGAGGUUAUAAUGGAAGUAAAUGGGGCCAAUUUUUGGAGGGUUUAAAGGCAGAAAUGUGAAGCUUAUAAUUUUAUAAAAGCACUUACAUAAAUUCUUCUGUUAAACCUCAUGUAUUAUCUGAGCUGUAACGUUGUUUAAAUCGUAAUUUUUACAGCCAUUGUAAAGUUUUAGGGUUUACAGUGUUACGUCAUCAUGACAACAACGUUGUAAAAUUGGAGAUAACUUUACACAAAAAACAUUAGUAAGUGAUUUUAUCACACGUUUUGUGGCUAUACUUUUGAAACUGAGUAUUUUAACGUUUACGGAUUGGCCCCAUUCACUUCCAUUGUAAGUGCCUCACUGUAACCCAAAUUUUUGCCUUUUUUAAAGAAAUUGAGGGACGAGUCGAAAUUAAUUUUUUGUGGUAAUCAACAUUAUGCAACAAAUGCUUUCGAUUGAGCUUAACUUGUAUUGAACCAGGAAUAUUCCUUUAAAUACUGUGAGUUUUACACAGGCUGUGGAGUUUUAGCAGAAACAUCUGGAACAUCAUAACUCCAUCCUAUAUCCACAGGAGAGAUCAUAUUUUGGACUAUGGUGUCAAGCUUUUGAAGUUGGCCUUUCAGUCAAUAUGAACACAGACUUUUAACAACGACAUUAGACAUUUUGUCACAGUAAUGAUGUGACAUUUUUACAGUAUGAUGUGACAAGUUUUUUAGCAUUGCAGUUCAGUUUCUCUUCUUAAAUCACUGGAUUGAUGAAGUCGAGCCAAGAGUAGCGCUGAAAACCGUUUAAUAGGCUGUAUAGUUCGUAGAGAGACAAAUGUUUAUAUAAAGGUCUCGUUAUGUUUCGUAUUGCGCCAACCUCUGCCCUUGAACACAGACUUCUUGCGCAGUUUUCCACUGCUGAGCUUGAGUUCAUAUAUUUUUUCAGCAUUUUAAAUAAUUUUAUUAGAAAUGGUGGUAGGACUACACUGCUGCCACUGUGUAAUGUAGCGGUUUCAUUGUAUUAGUUUUUACAUGUACGUACAUUUAUUUGCAUGAUGUUCCUUUCGACAAAUGAACUUUCUAAGGUUCAUGUUUUGUGAUUGUUUAAAAGAAUGAAACUUUUUUUGUAAAAAAACUUUUUGAUCCAUUGUUAUUUUAUUUUUUUCCACCAUCCUCAAAUGCAAACUACAACUUAAGUUUGUUGUCCUCCUGUUAUGCACCAUGUAGUGAGCAAAGGCGUAGGACCUCACAUUAACAAUAAAUUUUGUUU